GUUUUCUGUUCCUUACCUUCGUAAAUAAUCUUGGCUUUCACCUCGUGUCAACCGUGAUUAUAUUUAUGUAACCCAUAGCAACUAACGCACACCUUACUUUUCUAGAUAUCAAGCACUAAAUUGUUUGAGUUAAUUUCUCAAUUUACUCUUUUAAAAUGCCAUCCAAAUCUUUAAAUAAGAAAGCGAGCACUCAGAUUACAGGAAAUGUGGAUAUGUUGCGAAGGAGAAUGACAAAAAUCAGGCCAUCAUCGGUGAUACUAACAAAAGGUAUAUCAAAACGGAGAUUAAGUGUUUCCAAACAAGCUGGAUCAACAAAGGAUGGUGAUGAUUUAACUGAAACUGGGGAUGCUGAUACAGAAGACUGGAUGCAUAGUAAAACAUUAGUGAAGCCGGAUGACCAACUCUAUUUGACUGAAGCUGAAUUGAAAGAAGAAUUUACUCGCAUUUUGACAGCCAAUAACCCACAUGCACCACAAAAUAUUGUAAGAUUCAACUUCAAAGAAAGACAGUAUAAACCAAUCUCAACUGUUGAUCAACUGGCUGUCCAUUUCACUCUUGAUGGUAACAUCAUCCAUAAAGAUUCCGAUGAGGCAAGGCGACAAUUUAUGCGAAUGAAUGUUCCAGAUGCUGUGGUUUCUGAAACUGCUGUUAAUGAAGAAGAUAAAUCUACACCAGAAGGAAAUGAAAGCGUUGAAGGAGAUUCUGCAAAAGAGAAUUUUGAGGUAAUAACACCAGAAGAACCUGUAGCAUCACCAGCAAAAGGAAAAUUGACAAACCAGUUUAAUUUCAGUGAAAGAGCUUCUCAAACCUAUAACAAUCCUAUACGGGAUGCUGGAACUAUGACAGAACCACCACCAAAAGUCAGAUUUUCAUCUAAUGUUAGCCAGUGGGAAAUAUUUGAUGCUUAUAUUGAAGAUUUUGAAAAACAGCAAGAGAAAAAGGAAAAAGAGAAGAAAGGUUAUGCUGGAAAGAAAGAAGAACAAGUUAAGAAAAAACUAACUAAUAUUGAAUCAACAACUGAUGACAUUUCCUCUGUAAAUAAAGCAGCCAUGAUAAUAGAGAGAAUGGUAAAUCAGAACACUUAUGAUGAUAUUGCUCAAGAUUUCAAAUAUUGGGAAGAUGGUUCAGAUGAAUUCCGUGAUCUUGAAGGAACUCUUUUACCAUUAUGGAAAUUUUCUUUUGAUAAAGCCAAGCACUUGACAGUAACUUCUCUUUGUUGGAAUCCCAAAUACAAAGACUUGUUUGCUGUGUCUUUUGGAUCAUAUGACUUUGGCAAUCAAUAUAAUGGAAUGAUAUUGCUUUACACAUUGAAGAAUCCAUCUUAUCCCAAAUACUAUACUUCAACUGAUUGUGGUGUAAUGUGUCUUGAUAUCCACCCUGUCUACUGUUACAUGCUUUGUGCUGGAUUAUAUGAUGGCAGUGUGGCAGUCUAUAAUUUUUGCAACAGAGAGCCAUUACUCCAGCGGUGUACUGCAAAGAAUGGGAAGCAUCUCGGUCCAGUGUGGGAGGUAAGAUGGCAGAAAGACAAUUUGGAAGGUAAUGCACUGUUUUACUCCAUUUCUUCUGAUGGCAGAAUAGUUGAAUGGAUUAUUGUCAAAAAUGAAUUGCUUCCUCAAGAAAUAAUCAAAAUGCCAUUACCUGAUGGACCAGCUGAAGGUCCAGAUGGAACUAAACUUAUCUUAUAUGGUUGUGGUACAACAUUUGACUUCCAUAGUGAAAUCAACUACCUCUACAUAGCAGGUACUGAAGAAGGCCAUGUCCAUUCUUGCUCUAAGGCUUAUUCCACUGAAGUGAUGAGCACAAUUAAAGCUCACCAUAUGUCUGUAUAUAAAAUUGCUUGGAAUAAGUAUCAUCCAAAGAUAUUCAUCACCUGCAGUGCAGAUUGGACUGUGAAAAUCUGGGAACAUGGUUUGCAAACCAAAAAUGCUCUGUUUACCUUUGACUUGAGCAGCUCUGUUGGUGAUGUUGCAUGGGCUCCUUAUUCUUCGACUGUUUUUGCUGCAGUUACUGAUACUGGCAAAGUUUUUGUUUAUGACUUGAGUUUGAACAAAUAUGACCAUUUGUGUAGUCAAGUCAUAGUACAGAAAAAAAGGACUAAACUAACUCAUAUUGCUUUCAAUAAUGAGGACCCUGUAAUCAUUGUCGGUGAUGACAGGGGUGAUGUGACCUGUCUAAAGCUAUCCCCAAACCUAAGAAAGCAACCAAAACAACCAGACAAGGAGGAUAAAGAACAAGGGGGCAGCAAACCUGCUCCUUACACUAAAAUGCAGAAGAAUGCAGAAAAAAAAGGUCAGCCAGCAUUAGAUAAAAAUACAAGAAGACAGCAAGAGAUAGCCAAACUGGAGAAAGUUUUGAAUUCUGUCAGAGAAUCCACCUAAUUCCUUAAUAAUAAAUAUAGUGAGUGAAUGCUGAUGAAGAGAGGCAGUAUUUCUGCAAACUGAGUUCAGUUCAUACUCUGGUUAGAGCAAUUUCCAUUCUAUGUUGUCAGUGUCAUUGAAGAACACAUGACCAUUGCAUAAUCACAUUUGUUUCUUUUCCUUAAAAUAUAUGAAGUCUUAUGUUUAUUCAGUAUUGUUUACUUGAGCAUCAGAUAAACAAUGUUGUAAAAUUUAUUCUGGUUUUUACAUUCUGAAAUCAACUCUCAUCAAGGCCAACUUUGUUUUCCAACCUUCUAGAGUUAAUAAAAUAUAGUACUUGUCAAGAAUUGGGGUCAAUGAUAUCAAUUUACACCUUCCUAUUGAAUUUCAGGCUUUGAAACAAUUAUGUUGCAAAUAAAACUUAUCAAUGUCAGGCAUAUCCUAUUGACUACACAACUAUAAUAAACUCAUAAUAUAAUAAUACACAUAUGAAGGUGGCAAGCUGGCAGAAUCAUAAGCAACCCAGCCAAAAUGCUUCAAGGCAUUUCAUCUGUCUUUAUGUUCUGAGUUCAAAUUCUGCCAAAGUUGACUUUGUCUUUCAUCUGUUUUGGGUUGAUGAAAUGAGUACCCGUUGAGCACUAGGUCAGUGUAAUCAACUAAGUCACUUCCCCCAAAAUUUCAGGCCUAUUGUAGAAAGAAACAUUAUUAUUAGAAUAGUGGUUGGUAGAAUUGCUAAUACAUUGAACUGAAUGCCUUGCAGCAUUCACUCCAUUUCUUUAUGUUCUGAGUUCAAAUCCUACCGUGGUCAACUUUGUCUUUCAUUCUUUUGGUUUUGAUAAAAUAUAAUACUAGUCAAGUACUGGAAUUGAUGUAACAAACUAAUUCUUCCCUCAAAAUUCCUUGCUUUGUGCCUAAAUAAGGAAACCAACCAUUAUUAUUAUUAUUAUUAUUAUUAUUAUUAUUAUUAUUAUUAUUAUUAUUAUUAUUAUUCUGCUAAUUUGUGUCUGGUUGUUUUGUCGGUGUGUUACACUUACGCCAAAGCAGGCAAUAACUCGAAUGAAGAAAUAUACAGAGAAGGGGAAGAAGAGAAAACAAAGAGAGGGAAAGAGAGAAAGAAAGAGGGAGGAGGUCUAUAUUAUUCUGCAUUUGCCAGGUUCAAAUCAUAGGCACAGUUGAAAUGUUUAACUUAAUGUAACAAUGCUAUGAAGAUCUAAAAAUUAUGCAUUAAGAGAUCUGUUAAUAGAUAGUUAUAUUAAACUGAAAUAAAUAAAUAGUAAGCAAAUAGCUGUGGAUGUUACACUAUUAUCUUUUGUGUGUUCCAGACCAAAGGCUGUGGCCAUCCUGGGGUACUAUCAUUAUUCUUUUUGUUAUUAGGUUUAGACACUUAUCUGUAUUGGGAGAGUAGACAGAUACAUACAUUGCAAAAAGAAAAGUAAAUAUGAUAAUUAGCUAGCAAGUCUAUUGAUAUAUCAAUAUAUAUGCAGACAGAGAGAUAUAUUAAUAGAUAUAUGGAUAGGUAGCUAAACUGAAAUGAAAUGAAAAUAAUCUCAAUUGGUAAAUAACUUGAACUGAGCCUUGGUUGUAGUUGGACAGUGAAAAGUAUAGUUUUUUUAAUAAAUAUAAGUUUUACCAUUUUAAUUCAUUUUUUAUUUCCUUAACCCUUUAGCAUUUCAUCCGGCCAGAAUAUUCCUUCUGUUCUAUGUUAAAAUUGACCAUAUACAGCCUUUUGCACCUACCCAACAAUGUUAUCCUGAAAACAUAUAAACCUACAUUAUUUACAUUCAAUGAAUAUUUGUCCUCAUCUUGUUUGUUAUUAACACAACAUUUUGGCUGAUAUCCCCUCCAGCCUUCUUCAGGUGUCUUGGGGAAAUUUUGAACCUGGGUUCUCACUCCUAAGGUAUUUUUCGAUGUUAUUAUUAUUAUUAUUAUUGUUAUUGUUCAGGUCACUGCUUGGAAUCGAACUCGGAAUCUUGGGGUUAGUAGCCCGUGCUCUUAACCACUACACCAUAUGCCCAUGGGCAUAUGGCAUAGUGGUUAAGGGUGCGGGCUACUAACCCCAAGAUUCCGAGUUCGAUUCCAAGCAGUGACCUGAACAAUAACAACAACAACAAUAAUAAUAAUGAUAA